AUGGCUGAAGGCGAUCAAGCUUACCUCAAGUGUUGCAAGGAUGAGCACAUGCCUGUUCCCCCAUUCGAUCGCUACAUUUACGUGCUCCCAAAUUACGUUGUCAAAAAACCACUUUCUAUCGACGUUGAGACCGUUCUCCAACGUGAUGAGAACGAGAUCGAGGCUAUGAAGCUGGUUCAGGAGUACACAAAUGUUCCCAUCCCACGUGUCAUUCACCGUGGUGAAGGGUUCAAUGUCUUCGAACGUAUUCAGGGCAUUACUGUCAACGAAAAGUCCAUUUGGGAUAACGUGAAUCCUCGCCAGCGGGAGGCGAUCCGUCUCCAGGUUCAAGGUUUCAUACAGCAACUUGCAGCUAUACCGAACCUCACAGGCGAGGUCAGAUCGCUCGUCCCAUCCGGUCAAAUCUUCCAUCUUCAACUACCCAAUCGGGGACCUUUCAAAUCUACCGAGGACUUUACUAAGGCUUAUGCUGACCACGGCGUACUGAGCGCCAUUUUCCCUGAGAGCAGGCCUGUCUUCUCUCACAUGGAUCUUGAUUUAUCUAACCUCAUUUUGCAUCCAAAUCUUGAUGCCGUGGCUGGUUUAAUUGAUUGGGAAAGAGCUUGCUUCUUUCCUGAAGGCGGCAGAAGCAUUCAUCGCAUGUGCCAUCAGUUGCCUGGCUGGGAGACACUGUUCGAUGGUCUAGAGUUGUAA